GAAGAUCUUGCCCAUCUUAAUACCCAUGAUGGUCGCGAAAUUAUUAAGGCUAUCGUAUAAGCAUAAUAUGCAUCCGCGUCGAUUGUUAAAAAUAAGAGUAAAACUUUUUUGAUUCCUUGCGAAGAUAAUAUUGAAGAUACUGUCUUCUCUAGAGUCAAGAUUUAGCUGUUGAAGAAAAAUUGAUAGACACACCGCUGUCAUUCAAGCAAUGACAGUGCCAAAGCUGUGCUGUCUUCUAAGAUUUCCUGCGCUUGCGCUGUCGUUCUUGCAGUUGUUAUUGCUGCCAUAUUUGGCCGUCGGUUGUUGUUUCGCAAUCGCAUGAGCAGCUCAACGACGACGACAAAGGACACUUUGAACGUGGAGGACUAUGGGGCGACCGCCGUUUAUGCACAUCACACUCGCACUGGCUACUUUUUUGCUUUCCCUCUCAGGGUACUCCAACUGAACUCCUUGAUUAUAAUUAUAUCUUCACUUUGAUUACUUCGCCGUAGAAAAAUUAUCUUCCUAUUAUUAUCUAUGCCUAGUACGUGUAUUUACUUUUUGGCCUGAUUAGAUCACAGCACUGACUUGUUCUACUUGAAGCAGCUGCUUGUUCUACGUGUAGGCAAAACCUGAUGUUGUACUUAUCCGGUUAUUUAAGUGAAGAUUAUCUCCAAGUGGAAUAAGGGAUAAGUACUUAGAUAACUAAGCAAGCACGACCCAUCAUCUAAUUUUACGGAGGCGCAGGGGCGGAGCCAAACGAGCAGGACGCGUAG